AUGUUGACAAAUUCAGCUCACCCUCUUGACGCAAAAUGGCACAACAAUGCUAAUAAUGGAAUUGGUAACCAUGCAAAACACAAUUGUUGUAGUAGGGAUGCACCAAUUACAAUUACAACCAAUUCAAUUCCAAGUCAAGAAUUCGAAUUGGUCGGCAUUGGUUGGAAUUGGAAUUGGAAUUGGAAUUGGUUGGAAGUGGUCAGAAUUGGAAUUGGAAUUGGAAUUGGUCGGAAUUGGGUUAGCAUUGUUAGGAAUUGGUUGGAAUUGGAAUUACUCUGGAAUUGGUUUAGAAUUGGUUCAGAAUUGAUUUAGAAUUGGUUUAGAAUCGGUCCGAAACCGG